AUGAGCAAUACACCUAUUCCAUCUGAAUACGACGAUACAAGAAUAUUGGGGUACGAUCCAUUAAUUCCGCCAGCCCUCUUACAGCACGAGAUUAAGGCUUCUUCGAAGUCUUUGGAAGUUGUAAUAAGGGGGCGUUUCGAAGCAGGGCAGAUUCUUAAGGGGAGAGAUGAUAGAUGUUUAGUAAUUGUUGGUCCAUGUUCUAUUCACGAUACUAAAGCAGCUUUGGAUUAUGCCGAACGCUUAAAGAAAUUGAGCGAUGAAUUGAAAAAUGAUUUGUGUGUUGUUAUGAGAGCUUACUUGGAAAAACCGAGAACUACUGUUGGUUGGAAAGGGUUGAUAAAUGAUCCAGAUGUCGAUAAUUCCUUUGAUAUAAAUAGAGGCUUGAGGAUUUCACGUCAGUUAUACUCAGAUUUAACUAGCCAUGGAUUACCAAUUGGCUCGGAAAUGUUGGAUACUAUUUCGCCGCAAUAUUUUUCCGACUUUUUGAGUUUUGGUGCUAUUGGUGCAAGAACUACUGAAUCUCAGUUACAUAGAGAAUUGGCUUCGGGGUUGUCAUUCCCAAUUGGUUUCAAAAACGGUACUGAUGGUGGAAUAACCGUUGCCUUAGAUGCCGUGCAAGCCUCUUCUAAGGGACACCAUUUUAUGGGUGUUACUAAAAAUGGUACUGCUGCAAUUACCACGACUAGAGGAAAUGAUACCUGUUUCAUUAUAUUGAGAGGAGGUAAGAAAAUUACAAAUUACGAUGCUGAAUCGGUGAAGGCUGCAAAAGAAGCCAUCAGUAAGUCUACUGACCCAAACAUCAAAUUAAUGAUUGAUUGUUCUCAUGAUAACUCGCAAAAGGAUUACAGGAAUCAACCAAAAGUAUUGGAUGCUGUUGUUGAGCAAAUAAAGAAUGGAGAGGAGUCUAUUAUUGGAGUAAUGAUUGAAUCACAUAUAAAUGAAGGCAAACAAUCUAUGCCCCCAACGGGCGGAAAUAAGGAGUCAUUAAAAUACGGUGUUUCCAUUACCGAUGGUUGUGUUGGUUGGGAGACUACUGUGGACAUGUUGACGAAAUUGAGUCAAGCAGUGCAAGAAAGAAGGGAGCUAAAGAAGAAAAAGUUGUAG